AUGCCCCGAAGCGAAGACCACGCAUUCUCAGAGCGCGCAGAAGAAGCGGGGGCCGCGAAACUCUGGUCUGUCUAUGUGGAUGAAGCGGAGCGCUACGACAAAUCCCUUGUCGCGAGCUGGAAGAGUGAUAUGGAGGGAAUGCUCAUAUUCGCUGGUCUAUUCUCCGCUAGUUUGACCGCAUUCCUGAUUGAAAGCUACAAAACUUUGGUUCCAGAUUCCGGUGAAGCGACUGUUCAACUUUUGCAGCAGAUUCUGGUGGUGUCUUCCAGUAAUUCGACAUUCACGCCCCCGAUUUCCCAGCCAUUCAGGCCUUCUGCAUCGUCUCUUGUCUGCAACACGUUGUGGUUCAUCAGUCUGGGAUUAAGUCUUACCUGUGCUCUGGUUGCGACAUUACUCGAACAAUGGGCCCGCGACUUCCUACAUCGGGCUAAUAUACGGUCCUCACCCGUUGUUCGCGCGCGUAUCUACUCAUACCUCUACUAUGGUCUUCGACAAUACAAAAUGCAUGCGGUCGUCGACACCAUCCCCUCUCUCCUACAUGCUUCACUCUUGUUCUUUUUUGGCGGACUGGUUGCAUUUUUGCUGCCGGUGAACAAGAUCAUCGCAGGACUUGUGGGAGGCAUUUUGGGCUUCGUUCUGGGCAUCUAUGCAUUCCUAACCGUCUUCCCGCUGUUUCGACUUAACUCCCCAUAUCGAACUUCCCUCUCAAAUACGAUCUGGGGAAUAUGUCAGUCUUGUGUCCGGUGGUGGCGCCGACAUCGACAUCCGGGUAAUUACAGCAAUGAGGCCCCAACGACCAUUGUUGACAAUAUAAUCAAAAAUGCUGUCAAGCCCUCGGGACAUCGCAAAGAGUGGGAUACCGCUGCUCUCAUUUGGACCAUGCGAUCACUGUCGGAUGACACCGAGCUGCAAACAUUCGUCGAAGCCAUUCCUGAUGCGAUGUGGGGUCCGAAACAACAGCAUCGCCGAAAUGUGGAGCUCAUGACGACUUUGCGUGACUCCGAGCAGGUUAACCUUCUGUUCAGGAUUGCCGAGCUGUGGCGCAGUUGCGAUAAUGGCCUGUUGUCUGUCGAUGCUGUGGAGCGACGCGACACUGCUUGUCUCAAGGCAUUUUGGGCCCUCUGCAGCAGUCCUACGCCACCACCAGUCUCGAAGCAUGUGUUCCCCAGUGUUCUAGUGCAUGUUCCUUCAUACCGCAACCACCAACUUCCCCAAUCGAGAAGUUUGUGGUCCUCGCCAUUUUUUGUCUCCAUGAACGCAAUGGCCAACUGGAGCGGCCUUCUAUGGCUGCGGAUAUAUUUGGCUUGGUGCUCUAGCCAACAAACCGGAAUCAUUUCCCUUGACUCUAUGAUACUUCGACGCUAUCUCUUUCGGUUCUUUCUGCAUCCAGGGGAGAUCGAUGAACGUUAUACGAAGCUUGCACGCUCAACAAACAACCGCGAACUGUUUGACACGACUUCCAAUGACCUUUGUGACGCAAUCUCCCUUCGCAUCUAUUUGGGUUACCUGCAGCACACUAUUCAACUUCCCUCGCUGCCUUACCGCCGGCAAGAAACUUUAGAUACCAUAUAUCCCCGCCAUAUACCCCGAGACUCGGACGCUAUCAUCACCGACAAUGACCUCGAGGAACUCGAGAUUGCCAUCAAUAAUAAUUCUCCCCAAUUCGUGCCGAACAGUAGUCGCCAACUUUCAACAGUCAUGAUAGAGCUUUGUCGUAUGUGGCGGCCACAGGAGACGCGCCGAAUCUCGGCUGGUAUCAUCAACUACAUCAAGCAUCAUGGCAGUGCUCCAGACACAUUACUCCCUCUUCAUACCCUCAAGGAUAGCGAAGUUUGGAAACUUUUCAGCCGUUCGGGCUUCUACCAGCACUUAUGGCGCUGCUUUCCUGCUGCCAUCACUCUGGGACACCUUAAAACCAUAACAGAUAAUAGCGGUAUCCUUAGAAUGCCUUCUCCGGACGCCGUUAUACAAGCCCUGAUGUCAUGCACAGCACCGAUGGCUGUCGUGGUCUUGCUUGUGGUUAGAAUCUCACUCUUCCAGGCAGAGGUCCAUAAAAGACUUGUUUUACGACCCCGGUCCAGGGUUAUUGCGACAUCACCUCAAAUGCCUGACUCGGCCAGAAGCGAACCUGAAGCAGCCGUCAUCAUAAUUGCUGAUUUCCUCGAGAAAUUCACCGUCUCGAAUGAGGAUGACGCUCUCCGUGCUGUAGCGGCCCUCCAAAGUAUUCUCGAUUCGAAAUAUAAGGAUUGGAAUAUCGACUGGGCCGUGCACGAUAGUCACCAAACUCGUUUUGUGGGUGGAUUGGUACGGUUGGUAGAAACUCAAGGGCCAGCCGGACGUUUUGUGGCGCAAAGAGUGCUCGAGGGGAAGGUAUUCGACCCGCCGGACGGCUCCGGCCUAGAUCGCUUCCGCUGGAUAACUGAAGCUGUUGCGCAAGCAGAUUUUCGUCUUGUGCAGUCAAGAUUAGCGGAGGCAGGGCCUGCUGGAGAUGAAAGUAGACUGGUCAAAGAAGGUGCUUCCGGCUAG